CUCCCCUGUGUGAUUUCACAAUCGCAGGCAAGUCGGCGAUUUCUCAGUAAGGCUCAAUCAAGCGUUUCCACUCAGGGUGUUGUUGGCUCGUUGUGCAAGGCCACCUGUAUAUAUACAGCUAAGGUCCCACGUCACCAUUACAGGAUCUGGGGGGCAGGAUGUGAGACAACACAAGCGGCCGCUGACAGUAUUCAAGAAAACCAUCUUACUUUCACUUUCACUGAGAGUGACUGGAUGUUUUAAUUUAAACAUAUCUUCAAUAUAUCGUUGAAACCGUCCACUCAUCUCAACAUGUCGGACUCUAUUUCCUUGACAUCCAUAUCUGUUGGAGAAGCCCUCCGCAUGUGCAAGGCAACUACUGACAUUGACGUUAUUAUAGAGUUGUCUAAGCAUGACAACCCUCAAGUCCGCCAGAGGGCGCUGAAAGAGAUGUGUCCUUGCCGCGUUAAGAAGGACCUUGACGACUUCUGGCGACGGGUGGUGCAGAUGAUUGACGACGAGGCAGACAAUGUCCGCAUGCAGGUUCUGCACACUCUCUGCGACGGCUCCCCACAGCACAUGGAGUUCGCCGUGGCGGAAGCUCUGGAGGUGUUCAACCAUGACACCAACAAGGAAAUCAGGAGAAAGGCCCACAAAGCCCUCACGUCGUACAGAAUGAGAGGCAAGUGGAACAUCAUGUAAUGGGGAGGUGCGGAAAGGAGCGGGGAACAACAAUGAAGGAUUUCUCUUAUAGACAGCAGCCAUCCUGCAUGGCCUGUUGGCCCGUAACUAGGACAAAAGACGUGAUGAGUUGGAACAAGUUUGAGAAUCAACAGAGGAAGAACAUCGUUAUGUAGGCCUGCAGUCUAACAGCGUUGUGUCGAACUUCGGGUUAUCUCGAAGAAGAAAGGCUUGGUCCAUGCGUAUUCUUUAUUAAGUCAUAAUUUUGCGGAUGAGCUCAACCUUGGAUAACUCGAAGUAUUUACGGAGAACCUUAUAACAUCGACACAAAUGUGUUUUACUGUAAGUUAUAACUGGUGCCCUACAUGUUGAAACUUGCUCCAUCCGAGCUUUUAGUCGUAGUUCUUGUUGAUGCUAUAAACCGCCGAAGUUGGACCAUGACAUAAAUCCAUCCACAGACGUUUUAGAACAAAUGUUACGGAAAUCUUAAGUCUAAUUUGGCUUGUGGUAGCACUACCGUGAGUGCCAGCCACGCUCCAUUUGUCGAACAGAUUAUGCUGUCAAAUAUGCUCAAGACUGCAUUACCAUUUACCAUAUGUGAUAUAGACUCAUGACUUUAUAAAUAUACUGAUGAUGUUGUUAUUUUUAUAAUAUAAACAUGCAUUUGUCUAAUA